ACACGGACAAAGUCACACGUGCACUGUUCCACUAUCACCACAUAUAAACUCCCCCCACACCCCCUGGCCACACACACGCACGGGGUUUAGGGUUUAAGGCAGUAAGUUACAUUCAACAAACCUCUCUAUUUCUCUCUCAGGGUUUUAGAGAAUAAGAUGGGUGCAGACAAAGGGAAGAAGCAAAAACUUGAUGAAGAAAACAACAACAUUGAUGGUGACCUUGUUAUUUCCAUUGAGAAAUUGCAAGAAAUACAAGACGAGCUUGAGAAGAUCAAUGAAGAAGCAAGUGAUAAAGUAUUGGAAGUGGAACAGAAGUACAAUGUGAUCCGCAAGCCUGUCUAUGAUAAGCGAAACAACAUCAUUAAAACUAUUCCGGACUUCUGGUUGACUGCUUUUUUGAGUCAUCCUGUCCUAGGUGAACUUCUAACUGAAGAAGACCAAAAGAUCUUCAAGUCUCUUAGUUCUAUUGAAGUGGAAGAAUCUAAAGAUGUGAAGUCGGGCUACUCGAUCACCUUUAACUUCAAUGCAAAUCCUUAUUUUGAAAAUACAAAGCUCUCAAAGACCUAUACCUUCCUUGAAGAUGGACCCACAAAGAUUUCUGCUACAACAAUAAAAUGGAAAGAAGGCAUGGGCAUUCCUAAUGGAGUUGCUCACGAGAAGAAUGGAAACAAGCGAUCUCAUGCUGAGGAAAGUGUAAUAGUUCUGGCCAUCCUUGCUCAGUUGCUUUCUCUCUUGGGUCUUCUAUGCAGCUUCUUUACAUGGUUCAGUGAAGUCAACCAAAAAGAUGAGGAUGAGGAUGAGGCUCUAGAGAUUCAGGAUGAGGUUGCGGAGAUAAUUAAGGACGACUUGUGGCCGAACCCGCUCACUUAUUUUAACAAUGAGCCUGAUGAAGAAGAUUUUGAUGCUGACGAGGGUAAGGACAGUGAAGGCUCUGAAGACGAUGAGGAACAAGAUGAGGAUGACGAAGAUGGUGACGAAGAGUGAAAGCAGAUAAACCAUUCAACACCUAUCUUAUCUUAGGAUCUCAUCUUGAAUGGUUUAAUCAUCGGGAUUUGGUGUCUGUAAAGAGGCUCUGAAUGUUGCAAACGAUCAAAAUUACAGUGGUGAUUAUACUCUUUUUUUUUUCUUCCUCUACUGUUAUAAGCAAAUAUCUAAUUCCAGAGUUCCCUGAACCUUGUUUCAUUUA